GCGGGCAUCCCAGACGGCGCGCGCUGGGUGCUCGAGCGCAUGUGGUGCCAGGGCCGCUUCUGGGCCUCCGACAUCGACCUGCGCCCCACCUGCAGUGCGGUCUUGGUGGCCAUCGAGCGCAUCACCAGUUGUGAUCUCCGUUGGAGUACGUUCCUGGAGGUGAACGUCGCGGCGCUCUUCAAGGCCAUCGGCCGCGAGCCUGAGCGCACUGCGGCCUGCCCGUCCUGCGGGGGUGCCCAUCGACCAAGUGCACGCCGCUACGUGGCCGAGUGUGCCGCCCUGCCCGGUUUCCGGCGGGAGCUGAAUGACGCGUGCCACAUCCCGCCGGGUUGGCGGGCUCGCCAUCCGCGGGUGACGCUGAAGACGGGAUGGAGCAUUUUCCCGGCUCGCGCGCCCGCGGUCCGCAGAGCGGAGCUCCAGGUGGCCGUCUGCCUUAUUGGGCUCGUCGCCAUGGCAAAGCUGGCAGAGGGGGGUUUCAACCAGUGCAUUUUCGGGGACUGUAUCGACUCCUGCGCGGGGGGGCCGGCGACCAACCGGCCGGCCGCCGACGCGAAUGAGUGCGAGUCCAGUUUCACGUUCGAUGCGCUCGAGUUCUCAUGUGUGGACCUUCUCUUGUUUAUGACGUCGGUUGCGACGGAGUUUCCCGAGGCCGAGAAGUGCCAGGUGCAGGGCCAGCCCCUCGCCAUCACUACGGUCGUUGCCGAGCCGCAGCGGGCGCGGAUGGGCGCCUGCACCUCGCCGAGGGCCAGCCGCGCCGAGGCGCGGCCUCCGACCGCCAACUCGAAGCCUAAGCGCCAGAAGCCGCAGCGGAAGGACAUUCCGAUCGUCGCCAAGCUGCGCUCCCUGAUGGCCGCCGCGGGCGGCAGCGUGGCCGUCGCGCAGCCUCGGGUGGGCUCCAACUCUGGGAGCGGGUUCGACGCGGUCCUCUUCGAGGGCCAGCGGGCCCCCCUGUCGGCCAAGGCCGCCGUCGCCGACUUCAGCGGGCCUGCGCCGCAGCAUGGCGCGCUCUGCGCUUCCGUGCGGGGCGACAGGCCCGUUGCCGCCACCUGUGCUGCGCGUGCUUUUUCCAUGGGGAAUCAAUGGUAUGGAGUUUUUCUGCGCGUGGACGACCGGUCUGCCGUCUUCGACUCUCUCCCGCAGAUGGAGACGGACGCGCAGGCCGCGUGCGACUUCGACCCGGGCGGGGGCGCCAUCGAGACCGCCGGGAAGCGCCGGUGCUGGGAGCGCGGCGAAAAGAAGCAGAUCGAACACAUCGGCAUCUUCGUUGUGCCCGACGACCCCCGCGCGAAGAUCAUGCUCGCAGCGGGCAAGGGCGAAUUCCGCACGCGCGCGGUAGCCGGCCUCGGCCUCUCCAGGGGAAGCGAUGCCCGGGCCGCGGCCGCGCAGGUGAUGGGCCAGGCGUUCAUGCGCGACGCUUACGCGGGCGCAGGGGCGGGUCAAAUUGACUUCGAGGCUUCAUUGGCCAAGAUGCAAUCCACCUUCAGGGGCGCCCUGAAGCCGGAUGACAAGAUUCACCGCGAGGUGCUUGGGAUCAUUCUCAGAGACGUCGACGACGGGUCGAGUGUCGGACGGCCCCCCUUGAGGGCGCAGUGGGCAGACCUCGGGGAUGCCGAGAGCGAUGGCGACGCCUGCGACGCCGACUUCGAGCGGCGGCGCGCGCGCGACUGGGCGGGAGUGGUCACCGGCAGUCACCUCGCCGCCGCGACGGCAGCCAGCCAGGCGGGUCGCAGCCGGACUUGUCAUAGCGUCAUGAACGCACGCGCUACGCUUCGCCUCUAUGAGCGAGCAGAGUGCUGUCUCGGUGAGAUGAUCAGGGCAGAUAUCAGAUUCGACGUGGUCGGAAUUGCAGCUGUCGCGCAUGCGUGUGCCAAGGUCGGUGACUUUGCCGGGGCUUGGCGUUGGUUCGACUACGUGCUGCGCUACGAGCUCGUCGCUAAUCUGUUGUGCUGCAGCGCCAUGCUGCGCGCGCGCGCUCAGAAGGGUGCUGCUGUGGCUAGAUCGCGGUUCGGCAGACGAGAUCUCGUUGAAUCGCAUCCCCGGCGCCGCCGCGCAGCAGGGAGGCGCCGCCCGGCGGACAGGGCGGCGCGCGCCGGGAGGCGCCCCGACCGCGUGACCUCCCGUGCCCUGGCACGCGCCUUCCCCCCGACGUUCCAGGGGGGCAACCCUGGGGCCUCGGCCGAGAUCCUGGCCUGCAGCGCGAUCGUCGAGGCGCGCGGCAGGGCCGAGGGCCCUAACGCACUGCGUCGGCGCGCGCCAGGGGCAGCGCGUCGCUUCAUCCGCGCGAGAUGCCGGCGUCAAGGGGCGCUCGCGCUCGUCGGCGCGACAGGGUCUGGGGGGCUUCCAGACGCGGGGCGCGCCGCGGGCCCGACGCCCCCGCGGCGGAGCCGCAGCGGCCGCUUUGCGCGCGGCGCCGCCAGCCGGGCAGCGGUCGUUGGCGACGCUCGGAAGACGGUCUUGCCAGAGCUGCGUGCGUCGUCGACGUGGGCCAGCGCCUUCGCCUGA